AGCCUGACAAUUGACAAUGAAAAUAGUUUUUAAAAAUUGUCUUCAUUAGCUGUUUUACCAGCCAAAUUUGUUACUUAAACGUAGCAUGACAACGAACAGGAUUUCUUUAUAUAUCAUUAAUCGUUUCAAUUAAUCAGAAAGUUAGGUUUGAGUCGGUUGAAAUACAAUUAUUUAUUUCUUUAUUACUAUAUAUUUAAAUGUAGUGUGAACAUGCAAUGAAAAUACAUUCAAAACAUUACCGGCACUUCAAAGAGUUAAGACAUUUACGAGUUAUGUAUAUGAACAAUAUGCAAAUUAGAUUUGGUACUCAUUUUCACAUUAAUAUGAUAGUAUUUAUUAUUUAAUAUUUUUUUUUCAUUUUUGCAUGGGGCUAGUAGACUACCGUAAACCUAUUGCAUAGAGUGUCAAGACAAAGAAACAGAUGUGAGUGAAUUCUCACCUUCACCUACAACUUCCAGUCCAAGUCGAUCCUUUGCACCUCUCAAUCUCUAUAUAUAUAAUACACACACUGACACUCAUACACACCACAUAUUAAUAAGAAGAAGAUACAGUAACAGAAGUUUAUCAUCAUCAUCAUCAUCAUCAUCAUCAUUGAUCACCAUGUCUCAUUCUGACGAUAAUAGAGUAACGAGACAGGUAAUCAAGAACUUUUUUGUAAAGCUUCAGGAAGAAGGAGAAGGGGCUCUCGUUAGAAACGCCAUCACAGAGAUGGACCAGAAGUUACUAGACCCGUUCGUGUUGUUAGUUGAAUUUUCCUUUUCGCUUUCAGUUGGAUACCCAGAUCAUCCUCACCGAGGUUUUGAAAGUCUUACUUACAUACUAAAGGGAGGUAUCGUUCACAACGAUCUUAAAGGUCAUAAAAGUAUAAUCAAAGCUGGAGAUGUUCAGUGGAUGACAGCAGGAAGAGGAAUCAUUCAUUCAGAAUAUCCGGAACAAGAAGUCAACAAUGGCUUACAGCUUUGGAUCAACCUCCCUUCCAUUCACAGAAUGAUUGAACCAAAAAACCUAGAACUGUCUGGUUCAGAGAUUCCAAAGGCAGAGGAAGAUGGAGUAGAGGUCAAAGUCAUAGCCGGAGAUUCAAUGGGAAUCAAAUCUCCUUGCCAGACAACAACACCAAUGAUGUACCUUGACUUCACCCUCAAGCCAGGAUCGCAAACCCACCAGACCGUUCCAGAAUCUUGGACCGCUUUCGCCUACAUUUUAGAAGGCGAUGAAGGCCUUUUCAGCUCCAUGGACUCUUCAGCUAUAUCUGCGCACAAUGUUGUUGUGUUUGGACCAGGGGAGUUAGUUAGCGUGUGGAACAAGUCAAGUUCUAGGUCAUUGAGGUUUCUGUUGAUUGCAGGGAAGCCGAUCAGUGAGCCUAUGGUUCAGAGUGGUCCGUUUGUGAUGAGUUCUCAGGCUGAGAUUGAUAUGGCUUUUGAAGAUUACCAGAAUGCUAAGAACGGGUUUGAGAUGGCUAAAAGUAGUUAAAGUAGAGGUCACAUUCAAAAGAGUUUGUAAACAAAAACCAUAUGAAUUAUGUGGUUUUGUCUUCUUUAUUUCACAUUCAAGAACCUAUUACAAUUAA